UGUCAAAUUUAUUAAAAUUUUUCUUUUAAUCGCAACUUUUGCUUUUUUUUUUUUUUUAAUGGAAGUUAAUUUUAUGUUCGCAGAUAACCCGAGGUCGAAUUACCACAAACGAUACCGUGGAAAAUAUUCUUGUGACAAUUGUGGUAAAAAAUACACAUGGAAGCCGUCGCUGACGAGACACAAACGGGAAGAAUGUGGCAAAGAUCCGCAAUUCGCAUGCCCACUUUGUAAUCUUAAGAUACGAAGAAGCGGAGUUUUGAGACAGCACUUAAUCCACGUGCAUCAAUGGACGUCUUUUAAUGAAAACUCAUAUUUAUUUUAUCUUUAUAUUUUUAUUUGGGUGUUAUUAUUUUCAGGUGAUCGUCCUUACUCGUGUGAUAUCUGCGGCAGGGCUUAUGUGUGGAGAGAAUCAUUAAGGCAGCAUCGAAGACUUGAAUGUGGAAUUCAACCGAAAUUUGCGUGUCAGUAUUGCGGUAGACCCUUUAGACAUAAACAUCAUUUGAAAGAACAUUUACGACGGAAGCAUCAAUAGUCUCAAAAUCUUGAAAAAUCUCAUAUUUGUGACAAGUGCGGUCGGCAGUAUAUGCGCAAAGUUGCACUAAAUCACCACAAACGUUACGAAUGUGGUAUCGAGCCUCGUUUCUUCUGCAACUUUUGCGGCCGUAAAUUCAAGCACAAACAUCAUCUUCAGAAGCAUUAUCGUGGAGUACAUAAUUACCACACAGAAAUGAACAAAAAAUUUUUAUAUUAAAAAAAGCAAUUACUUAAUUAGUGACUUCAAAUUUUCUUAAUAAAUUAUGAAAUUAAAUAUAUGCAUGUUUUUUUUUUUAUUACUAACCAAUAAAAGUGUCACUAAAUAUAACCGUUAAAUAAGUAAUUAAAUGUUCAAUAUUUUAAAAAUAAUUAACAUUUAUAAUUUUUUUAAAAUUACAGAAUUCGUAGCAUCUUCAGUUUUUCCAUGUCGCCGGUGCGGCCGAUUGUUUCUCAACAAGAAAACGAUGUGGAAUCACUUGACAAUUUGCGGAAAGGAUCCACAAUAUCCGUGUGAAACUUGUGGCAAGCGUUUUAAACACAAGCAUCAUUUAACGAAACAUUUGAAU